UAUAUGGCAUCAGGACACCUAGAAGUUGUUAUUCCGUCGUCUCUUGGUGCCGGACAACUUCAUAGCUCACUGGUCGAAGCACGUAAUGUUGACGUCGCGCACAACAGUGAUUCCGAUGAUGCCAGUGACGAUCUGCAAGACGAGCAAGUAGCAGCUGAAGUAUUGCUAGAGAAGAACUGGAAACGUUACAGAUUAAGAGCGAAAAAGAGACAGGGACACUUUGCUGUGCGUAGUUUGGUGCGAUGUCUUGCUCUUACCCGCAUUGUACACGGAGAUGACAGCUGGAGAAGAGCACACAUUCAUUCAGAGCUUGCAACUGCGUAUCUUGAGCUUCAAGACAUGCCAAUGCAAGCUGUGAAGCAUUCUCAAACUGCAGUAGACAUGACUAUACGUUUGUAUCAGAAGCUCAAGGGAGACAUGAUAGAGACUGGAAGUGAGAAUUAUGGUGACGAUGAUCAGUUGGGGAAAAGAAGUAAUCAAAACCUGAUAGAAAUACUGACUGUAUUGAGUUCUGCUCACUUUGGUUUGGGAAAAGCUUUGUUUGCUCUUGGAAAAUAUGCUGAAGGAGAAGCAGCUUUAGUAAACGCACAACAGUAUGCAGAUGAACUGCAAUGCUCCUCUACUUACUCUAAUCAGGUCACAACAGUAGAAAUUUACAAAGCUCUAGGGCUGUGUUGCUUAAAGCAGAAGAAAACUAGAUUGGCCGGAGAUUAUCUAGACCAAGCUGAGAAACUUGCAAUUAACCUCUAUGGUGAGGAUGCUGUCCAAAUGAUUGAUAUUCACCAGAAUAUGGGAAAGGUUAGGCAGCAAAGGAAUGAGUUGGAAGGAGCUGUUGAGGAAUAUCUGAAAGCUUUUUCUAUUGCAGUUACUAGGAAUGGUCAAGAGUCAGCGUCUGCUGCGGGAGCAGGUCAUUGUCUAGCUGCAGCAUACUUGGCAAUAGGUGGAUCUGAUGCUGAAACAGUAGCAGAAGGUUAUCUGAAUGAUUGUCUUGCAAUAUACCAACGUUUGCAUGGUCCACAAAGCAAGAAGAGUGUAGAGAUUCAAAAAGAACUUUGUCGACUAAUGCUGAGGAUGAGCAGGCAUAAGGAAGCUACUGAACUGCUAUUAGAAGUAGUUAGGGCAAGCUGUUUAGUCUAUGGAGAUCCCAGUGCUGAGGUGGCUGCUUCAUACAAGUUGUUGGGCACAGUUUUUCUGUCUCAAGGGCAUGUAGAUCGAACUUUGGUUCAAUACCAAAAGAGUUAUGAGAUGUUCAGGACAGUAUGUGGUCCUCGUCAUAAGCAAACUGUUGAUGUUCAGCAGAAGAUUGACAUGUUGGCUAGAUCAUCAACUGCUGGUGCAGAGACGACAAAAAAAUCUUUCAAUCAGCGACCACGAUUUAGAACUGUUGUGAAAUAAUGUAAGAAUCUAUUGAAAGUGUAGCAUAUUGCUAAGUAAGUAUACUUCUGAAAACUGU